GCCCAGUACGGAGGUGUUUCUUCUCAGCUUUCCAUACCCCAAAACAGCCGCUAGAGUGCCUCAGAAUUACCUGCUCCAUGUUCAGUUCAGCGACAUGUCAGAACACAGUAGCCGGGACUAUCUUUGGCUGUGCACUCUGCUGCUGAUCUGCGCCGUGAUCCAGGUGGCUCUGUGCCAACCGUACCAGGUGCCGCAUCGCUGCUCGAAUCGCUUGGAGAGCGCCCUGGAGAACAUGCGACGACGCAGCAUUCAGACCAAGAGCUCCACCGAUCGGACUCGCUCGCGAUCCAUGUGGCAGCCGCCGGCGCAGAGUCCCUACCAGCUGUACCACAGCUUCUAUGGCCAGCACAGUGAUCCCGAGGAUGAUUUCUACAAUGCGGGUGGCAGCUACAAUUCGGGGCGUGGCUACCAUGCCAAGCUGCUGCAUAGGAAUGGGCGCCCCUAUCCGUUUGCGGACUCCACCGCUGCGUUGGAGCUGGAGGAACUGCUCUCUGGACACCAGCAGCAGCAGCAGCAGCAGCAGCAGCAAUACCAACAGCACCAUGAGCACCGACAGCCGCACAAGCUGGACAUAUCCCGAGUGGAUGUUGAGGAUCUGAAGGUGCGUGUGCCGCCGGCAAAGUCCGCCGCACGUUGGGUGGAGAUCGACAAGUGCAAGUUCAGCACGGAAAACUCCACACUGGACACGCGGCUAAUCUUCCCGGAUCUCACGCUCAGCGGCAAGGUUGUGAUGCAGCCCAUGGGUGGACGCUGCCACAUGAUACUCCGCUUGCGGCAUGCGGGCAUCGAGUUCCGCACUGUGCCACUGGGCAUGGAGCCAGCGGGCUCAGGCGCGCUGCCUCACACGUAUGAGCAGUCCAGGAGAUUGAGCGCCUCCUCCGUGCGCACGGAUUCUCACUUUGCGGAGCCAGGAUUCAUCUCAGUCUUUGCACACGGCUGCCAGGGACCGACUGGCAUUCGGCUGCGACAGAACUCGAAGCGGAGAUUCGGCUACGGCGCGGGCACCGCUCCCCAGGUGGAGUUGGGCGAGCCGCAUGUCAUCAUGGGCACGACGCGACCGCAGCCCCAGAGGUGGGGCAAGUACCACAAGCCGGACUACGACAUCAGGCUGGAUCAGACCACGCAGCGGGACAAGAGCCUGGAGUUGGGCAGCGAUAGCCGUGGCCAGGACUCGUCGGAGUUUGUGGAUGUCAACGGGGACAAUUUCUACCGGCGGAAGUUCAACAGGCGGCGACGUCGUCGUCGGCGCUUUGCAGAUAACGGAGCCACGGAGAACUUCGUGGAUCAAAUGAGCUUCAACGAGGAUGUGCUCCACUUUGAGGAUGAGCAACUGCAGCAGAUGGUGGAACCAGAUGCCAGAGCCUUUGCGGACAUCUUCAGUGCGAGUGGCGGUGGCGGCGGACACAGCGGGGAUCGUGAUGAGCUGGUGGGCGAGGCCAUGUCCCACGAGCUGGAGAAGCUCUUCUCCAUGGGAGUGCGCGGUCUGCUGACCACCUACAUGCAGCGCGCCCUGCAGCCGGCCAUCAAGGAAACCCUCAUGGAGAACAUGGGCUACACCUUGAGCUACGGCUGAGUUCCCCCACAUGGGGGGGUCCCAUCCCAUGUAUUAACCCCUUAAUUUAUGUCAGAUU